AGGCAGGCCUUUUACAUUCAGUCGCAUAGAUCCAUUUCGAACAUCAGUCUUUCCUUUUCGGCACGUCGUCAAAAUCUGAAUUCAAAAUUCAACACAUUUAUUUUUCGCCAAAAUUAGGUUUUAGGCACUGAACAUUUCUAAAAACGUUUUCAACACAUAAAAAAUUGUUUGGUGUAGUAAUUGUGUCAAAUUUCUAGUUCUUAAGCUUUUACAAAAGAAUGGACAAGUCGGAGAAACGCUCUAAUCUCGCUGAUAACUUCCUGUAUAUGUUGGAGUUAGUGGUGGACGAUCUGCUGAUCACUCGUCCCAACCUCUGCGCUCCGGAGGAGUAUCCCACUUGCACGGAGAUCACGUUCCGUUCGGUUUUCCUGAACAUCCGCGAUCGGGAGAACGGAAGCUGUGUCAACCCCUGUUCGCCCAAGUGCGGCAAGUGCACCCUCUUCACGUUGGAUUCGCCCAUCACGGACGAGGACGUGAUGCACAUUCACGUUUACAAGAAGCGCACGGAGAGCUGCAAGUUCCUGCUCGGGCUGACCGAGCUCCCGAUGAAGCCGAUCUUCGACAGGGUGAAGAAGGAGUUCGAUUCGCGGAACAUAAACUGGGAGAAUAACGUGGAGAACCAUUUGUCGCGAAUGCCCAAGCUGAGGGGUCCCUGCAAGAAGGCCAGUGACUGUGUGUGCUACGAGAGGAACAGGGAGCGGCGGGAGCAGUGGUGUCCCACCUCGGAGCUGACCAAGCGGAUGCUGCCGCUCUUCAACCUCUGCAAGAUGCAGACCGGCAAUAUAGUGCUGAUCCUGAGACUGGUGUGCAAUGGGUCCUCUGUGGUAUCCUCCUUCCCCGUACAGAGUCCCAGGUGCAAGGAUCCCUGCAACUGCUGCUGUUCUUGCCCGCCCAUUUGGCCCGCUCCCUGUUCGUCGCCAUUCGAUCCCUGCGAUCCUUGCAAGACCGUGCCCACCAAAAAGGCAUGAGCAGGAAAUGCAGCUACGAGCCUUUAUCUUCCGUACUCAUUUAGUUGCCAUAAGCAUUUUUAUUGUUUGACAAGGGAUGCGCCUAUCAACUGAUAACAUUCGCAUAUUUUAACAAUGAAUAAAGUAUUUGAAUAUUUUUUAUACCAA